CACUCUGAUCUACGUCAUGAAGAGAAAUCCUACAAAAAGGCCACAGGAGAUGGUGAAACAUCAGAGAUAACGGAAUGAAUUAAAGGCGUGAAUCCAGUCGAUGAGGGAAGGAAGAAGGGAACAGAGGCGAUAGCCAACAAUGCAAGAAGUCAAGCCUGCAUAUGCGGUCUUCUGAGGCUCCUUUGUACUCUUUUUGGACGGUCGAUCAAAGAUACAAAGAAGCCAUCGCAUUGGCUGCUUUUUUUUCGAUGGCGAGGUUUGCAAAGCUGAGAUGAUAUGGAAGCUGAGGAUGAUGUGGACGAGGAGUUGUCGGGAGCGGCGGCUCGUGAAGAGAUUAAUCACAACAACAAUUUGGAGGUGCUCGAAACCAUGAAGAUCUCGGCGGUGCCAACGUCCUCCAAGAUUCCAGAGCGGAAGGAGUGCACCCUGGUGCAAUCCUCUCCCGACCACAACCUCCUGCCUUCACAAAUGAGCAUGAGCACCUUUAAUCAGGAUAAUAAGCUUAGCAAAGCUGAUGAGAACAUGCACGUAGAAUCAAAAGUACUUUUAAGCACGAACAUGAAGACUGAUGGGAGAGAGGGAGAGGUCUCUAGAUUUUGCAGGAGCAAAAGGGUGUCGGUGUCCUGUCAAGACACUAUUCAUGAAUCCGAAGAGGACGAUGGCCUUACUAUGGAAAGAGUUGGAAAAUAUUUGGAAGCAAAUCCAGGUCUCGUGGAAUCAUGGAUAAGAGAAAAAGCUAGCGCGGAAUUAAAGAUGUGGUUGCAGGGAACAAGUUUGGCACCUAAAACGUCGAUGUCAAGUAUAAAUCAAGACGAAAAUUCGCUGAAUAGAAACAAAAGGAACAGCGUCACUUCGGAUUUGUUCCAAUCAUGGCUGUCAUCCAAUUCACCAGUAAAAAGAAGCAAAAGCCCUAGCAGAAAUUCAACGACCCUUAUGGGUCGAAGAGAAGAAUUGAACAGGUUGGAUGAAGGAGAUCUUUUCAUGGAACUAAUUCGAGACGUUGCUAAUGAGCUGGACAUCAAUGUACUUUGCCACAAGAUUUUAGUUAAUGUUGGCCUCCUUACCCACGCUGAUAGGGGCAGUUUAUUCUUGGCCAAGGGUCCUCUGGAGGAAAGAUAUCUAGUCGCAAAGUUGUUCGACGUCACGCAAGACACCGAGUUGAAUGAGGCAGUACAAAAAGCAAAGAAUGAAGAGAUCAAAAUUCCCUUUGGUGUUGGCAUCGCCGGCUACGUAGCUCAGAGUAAACAGAUCAUAAAUAUCAAGGAUGCUUAUAAGGAUCCGAGAUUUAAUAGCGCCAUCGACAUGCGGACGGGUUACAAGACCACUUUGAUUCUCUCUAUGCCAAUUUGUAAUUACGAAGGCGAUGUGAUUGGCGUGGCUCAAAUCAUCAACAAAACGAAUGACAGUAAUGUAUUUACGGAAAGGGAUGUGGAGGUCUUCCAAAGGUAUCUGACCUUCUGCGGAAUUGGCAUUCAGAAUGCACAACUUUUCGAGUUAUCUGUACAAGAGUACAGGCGAAAUCAAAUUCUCCUCAACUUGGCAAGAAGCAUUUUUGAAGAGCAGAAUAAUCUGGAGUGUCUCGUAUCGAAGAUAAUGACGGAGGCGAAAGAGCUGUUGAAAUGCGAAAGAUGUGCUGUUUAUCUUUUGGAUUUGGACUGUGGGGAAGCGGGCCACCUUGAGAAAAUUGUAGAGCGACCUGGAAAAUUGGUGCAGGAAACUAGAAAGCCACUUUCGAGAAGGGAGAGCAACAAUAUUGACAUGGAGGACAUUUUCCAUCAACAUAGAUCAACCGAGAGCAGCAAAUUUACGAUGGUUUUUGAAAUGGAGAAUGGAAAAGAAGAAGCUAGAGUUUACCGUCCAAAUUCUAGUGACCUUUCGAAACCCUUGGGUCGGAUCGCAAGAUACGUGGCAGCAACUGGUCAGAUUCUGAACAUCGGAGAUGUUGCCACUUGGUUGAAGAGAGAGGUCAUGGAAACAGAAAGUGAACCUAUCAGAAGUAUACUUUGUAUGCCAAUUGUCAAUGGACAAAGGUCUGUGAUAGGAGUUGCUCAGUUGAUAAACAAGGAUAAUGGAUCAUCCUUCACGGACUCAGAUGUCUCAAUUUUCGAGGCCUUUGCAAUAUUUUGUGGAUUGGGAAUUCACAAUACUCAAAUGUACGAAUCAGCUUGCAAGUUGAUGGCCAAACAAAAGGUGGCUCUUGAGUGCCUGAGUUAUCACGCAACUGCCAACAAUGAUGAUGCUCUAAGGUUAAUGUCGGAUUCAAUAUCAUCAGCUGAAAAGUAUAAUCUCUACAGUUUCACAUUCAUUGACUUUGAUCUGACUGAUGAUGACACGUGCCGAGCCACAAUUAGAAUGUUCAGACAAUGUGAUCUCAUCCAGCAAUUUCAUAUUCCUUAUGAUGUUCUUUGUCGAUGGAUUUUAAGCGUGAAGAAAAAUUACAGGCCUGUAAAGUAUCAUAAUUGGAGACAUGCUUUAAACGUUGCUCAAACAAUGUUUGCGAUGUUGAAGACGGGCAAAAUGGAGCAAUUUAUGACCGAUUUGGAAAUUUUGGGACUUCUUGUUGCUUGUUUAUGUCACGAUUUGGAUCAUCGAGGCACCAAUAAUGCCUUCCAGACCAAAACUGAAUCCCCAUUGGCGAUUUUAUAUUCCACUAGUACCAUGGAACAUCAUCAUUUUGAUCAGUGUGUGAUGAUCCUUAAUUCAGAUAGCAACAACAUUUUCCAGAAUUUGGCAAUGGAAGAUUAUAGAAAAGUGAUGAGGGUGGUGGAAAACGCAAUUUUGUCGACGGAUCUGGCUAUGUAUUUCAAGAAGAAAAAUAAGUUUAUGGAAUUAAUCGAUGAUGGAGAGUUUGAUUGGCAAAGUGAAGAGAAGAAAGAACUCUUAUGCGGGAUGAUGAUGACAGCCUGCGAUGUGAGUGCCAUUGCGAAACCAUGGGAAGCUCAACAUCGGGUGGCGAAAUUGGUAGCUGAUGAAUUUUUCGACCAAGGUGACUUGGAGAAACUACAAUUGAAUCAGCAACCAGUUGCGAUGAUGGAUCGCGAAAAAAGAGAUGAACUUCCGCAAAUGCAGGUGGGCUUUAUCGACGUGAUCUGCCUCCCCUUGUACAAAGUCUUAUCAGAAACGUUCCCCUGGAUCUUGCCUCUCUACGAGGGAACUCUUGACAACAAAAGACACUGGCAAGACCUUGCUGAGAAGGUCGAUAUGGGUCUCACCUGGAUAGACCGGGACACCAUCGAGGAGCCAGUCGAGGAAUUUGUCUCCUCGGAACCAAAGGACAUAGAAUUCACAGUCACAACCUUAAACUGUGUUCACACAGAAAAGAAGGAUGGAUUCGUGGAUCAGGUCCCAGAAGCUGCAAAGUCUUCUGCCUUAGGACGAUUCGCCUCUCUAAGAAAGGGCGGAAGAACAUUAACUAAAGGUGUCAGGAAUCGACUCAGCAGAUCCUUGUACUCCAGAAGCAAUUCGGAAGACACGGGAAAAGCCAAAGAACUGAUUCCGGAAAGGAAAAAUAGAAACAAGUUGUGUCUGCUCAUAUGACGACUGACAACAACCACCUUGGAAAGUAUACCCGAGUGAUCGGUAAUUGGAAAGACGACCCUGGUUGUCAAAACUGUCAAUUGUCCGCCUUGGCUUCGAAGCUGAGAAAAGGCGAACUGCCUGGCAUCGCGCAAGGCCUUCCGAAGAGGAGUUUUGGCGAGAUUCAAAAUUUUGCUGACUUCGCGAAGAUGAUGGCAUGCACAUUCUGCUGCGUAAAGAGUAGCAAACUGACAAUGAGGAAUUGCUGGUGCAUGUCCGAUCAAAAAAGGCGGAAGCUCAAGUCUCGUUGGUUAUGAGAAGCUGUAUAGUUGCAACUGGAGAUGUGAUGUACCUGGUGAAAUCCGGAUCUCACAAACUCACCUUAAAAAAAGAUUUAUACCUUAGGAUUUUUUAAUCUGCAGCAAUUCCGAAAAUCAAACGUUACUAAAGUAACUUAUUUUUAAAGAAAGAGUGGAGUUUCCAGGUACGUUACGAUUGCAGGCAAAAGAGAAAUGAGGCAUUUUUAAAAAAGGAGUAGAGUAUGAGCUAGUGACUAGGUAGUUGCAUUCAAUUGAAUCCGGGUUUUGCGGGGUCUGCUUAUACUUUCAAAGAUAUUGUUUAGUAAAACUGUUUCUGUUUUGUUUCAAAAUUAAAAAGUGGAAUUAUAACGCGGUUGGAAAAAGCAACAUAAGUAUGUUAGAACGAAGUAAAGAAAUAUUGCGAAAUCUAUGACACUCAAAACUUACCAACGGCCGGUGCUCGUUCAUUUUAGAGGUUUUAAAAAUGCACUUUAAAAAUCUUCUAGGCCCCGUAAGGGGUUUCGCAGUAGCGAUAGAGGGGCUUAGUAUCUUUUUUUUUUUUAAAGCUGGUAAUUGUUAAAAAUUAGUAAAGUUUUAUAGGAACAACGUGAAUUGAGCACGAAGCCGACUAACAGUUUUUGGCGCUGAUAGCUCAACUGUACUUGAUCGUACUACGAAAAUGCACUGUCGAUAAAAGUCGCACCUUUCUUGGCGAGAAUUUAAAAUUAGAAUAAAAACUGCAAUUUGUGCUUUUCUUUUUGUAAUUGUUUAUUUAAAUCUCUUGCUUGGGCUCGUAAUAGAAAAGAGUGGCAAGUGAUAAAAGAAUGUGGCUGUAAACUCACUGAUAAUAAUCGAUAAUAAUUU